AAUUCUGAUGACAGAGAGAUGGGUACUUUGUUUGAUGGCGAUGAGCUUCUGGUUAAUGCUAUAUCUUCAAAGGAUUUUAAGUCAGCGGGGCGUGUGCUAAAUAGAUGUCAUACCAUUCAUAGUGAUGCAGUGCUGAUGGCUAUCGCUCAAAACCUCCCAAGCGAACCCAAUAUUUGGGAAAAAUAUUGUUGGUGUUAUUUUAUAUGUUUUGAGAUUGUAACCAACUUUCUAUUUCUAUCUUGAAGACAUAAUAAGCUAUAUUCCUUUGCUUUAAGAUGUUUAUUUGUGUUUAUGCAGUGAGGCCAUUAUGGAUGCGGAUCGUUCCUGUGUUAAAGCCACCAUCGAUACGUUUUUUAAUAAAAGUAUGUAAUCUCAUACUUUCCAAGGACUCCAACACUCUCCAUCAAUAUUAUACCAAGCCAAUAUUUGAAGCCACACGAAAAAAUGCAUACGAAUUUGUAACAGAGGUUGUGUAUUAUAUACCAGAAGCAACUUGGAGUGUGAAUGAAGAUGGUCACAACAUUAUUCAAUAUGCUGUGCUAAAUCGUUCAGAUAAGGUUUACAAUUUACUAUAUCAAAUGAGUGACGUACGUAGAAAUAUUUAUAAAACGAUUAAAGACUCAUCAGGGAACAAUUUAUUGCAUUUGGCUGCAACAUUGGCACCAACCAACAAACUGAAUCUCAUAUCUGGUGCAGCUUUACAAGUACAACGUGAACUACAAUGGUUUAAGGAAGUUAAAGGAUUUGUAUGCCCUUUAAACAUCAUACAAAAGAACGCUUUUGAAGAAACACCUCAAAUGGUAUUUACAAGAGAGCACAAGGAUCUGCUGAUUGAGGGAGAGAAAUGGAUGAAGGCCACCGCAGAGUCUUACACAAUUACGGCUGCAUUAAUCACCACAAUCAUGUUUGCAGCAGCUAUCACAGUGCCAGGAGGGAACGAUCAAACGUCUGGUAUCCCAAUAUUCACUAGCGAAGCUGCCUUCACCACAUUUGCAAUAUCAGAUGCCAUAUCAUUGUUCACAUCUGUCACAUCAUUGUUAAUGUUUUUAUCCAUCCUUACUACACGUUUUGCCGAGGAAGACUUUCUCUACAAGUUGCCUACAAAGUUGCUAAUUGGUCUUGUCACCUUGUUCAUCUCCACAUCAGCCAUGAUCGUAGCAUUUGGUGCAACCUUGUUCCUUGUUUUUGGCCAAAGAAACAAAAGCAUUCUUGCUCCCAUAGCUGCAUUGACAUGUUUACCAAUCACUUCCUUUGUGACCUUACAGUUUCCUCUUGUUGCAGACUUGAUUAUUGCGACAUAUGGUAGAAGUAUGUUUGGCAAGAAAAGUAAUGAACCCUUUUAUUAAAUCACUGUAACAUGAUAAGAACGUUGGACUUUAGCAUUAGACUUUAUAAGUAUCUAACUUCUUGUGGUACUUCUUGCAUGCUUGUCAUAUGUAAUAACAAAAAAAAUUUAAUUUGGC